UCUUACAUGAUUUUAAAUCUGAUUAUUAUGAUUUAUUUAAAAAGAAAGUAAGAAUCCUUAGAAAACACUCGUCCAUUGUCUCACAUCACAUGAUCUUCUUCCUUCCUUGUUCACUCUACUCCAACUUCCAACAACAUUAAUCAACAAUCAUAUUCAUAAUUAAAAAUUAAAAUAUCUAAACCCCUGUAUGUAUGUAUGUAUGUAUGUAUCUAUAUAUAUCUAUCUCAACCCAGAUCUUCUUCUUAACAUGUAAUCACUAAAAAAAGCACAUAAAUUUCCAAUCUUUUCAAAAAUGGGUCACCCAGAUCCCACCUCAAAACAACACCCACGUCAUCAAUGGCGGUUUCUUGAUAUCGUAUCCCUCAUAUUCUUCUCCGCCAUUUUCCUUUUCUUCAUUCUUGUUCUUACCCCAUUAGGUGAUUCCAUUGCAGCCACCGGCAGCCAAUCUCUGAUCGUAUCAACCACCGGUGCUAAACGCCGUCACCACCUCAUUGCUUUGAUUGAAUCCGGUAGGAAUGUGUCUAUACAACCGUGUGAUUCGGAUAGUGUUGAUUAUAUGCCUUGUGAGGAUCCGACCCGGAAUAGGUUGUUGAGUAGAGAUAUGAAUUAUUACCGGGAAAGACAUUGUCCGGUACCGGAGGAACGGCACUUGUGUUUGAUACCUCCGCCGGAAGGUUAUAAUAUUCCUAUUCAGUGGCCUGAUAGUUUAUAUAAGAUAUGGCAUGAAAACAUGCCGUAUAAUAAACUAGCUGAUAGGAAAGGUCAUCAGGGAUGGAUGAAAAAAGAUGGUGCCCACUUCAUAUUUCCUGGUGGCGGCACUAUGUUUCCUGAUGGAGCUGUACAUUAUAUUGAGCAACUUGAACAUUAUAUUCCUAUUUCUGGUGGGGUUUUGAGGACGGUUCUUGAUAUGGGAUGCGGGGUGGCUAGUUUUGGAGGUUACUUGUUAGCAGAGGACCUUUUAACACUGUCGUUUGCUCCAAGAGAUUCACACAAAUCACAGAUACAAUUUGCAUUGGAAAGAGGAAUACCUGCGUUUGUUUUAAUGCUUGGCACACGCCGACUCCCAUUUCCAGCGUUCUCGUUUGACUUAAUUCACUGCUCUCGCUGUUUGAUUCCUUUUACCGCAUACAAUGCUACAUACUUUAUGGAAGUUGAUCGAUUACUUCGUCCUGGAGGAUACCUGGUAAUAUCAGGUCCCCCAGUACAAUGGCAUGGACUCCAUAAAGAAUGGGAAGAUCUGCAGGCAGUUGCUAAAACAUUGUGCUAUGAGUCGGUUGUUGUUGAUGGGAACACUGCCAUCUGGAAAAAGCCUGUGCAUGAUUCAUGUCUUAAGACCCAAAAUGAACUUGGGCUUCAUUUGUGUCAUAGAUCUGAUGACCCUAGCUCUGCAUGGUACGUUAAGUUGAAGAAAUGUGUAAGUCGCCCAUCUUCUGUCAAAGGGACACUUGCUGUUGGUGAAAUUCCAAAAUGGCCUCUAAGACUAAAGAAAAUGCCAUCAAGGGCUGCCCAUAUUAGAAAUGGAAAUGAGUUUGAGUCUGAUACGCUCCUAUGGGAAAGGAGGAUUUCUUACUACAAAAAAGCAUUGAACUUGAAGCUUGGGACUCAAGCAGUAAGAAAUGUAAUGGACAUGGAUGCAUAUUUUGGUGGUUUUGCUGCUGCAUUGAUAUCUGAUCCGGUGUGGGUGAUGAAUGUUGUUCCACAUAAUAAGCCAUCAACUCUAGGUGUCAUCUUUGAUAGAGGACUUAUUGGGGUUUAUCACGAUUGGUGUGAGCCUUUCUCAAGUUAUCCUCGCACUUACGACUUCAUCCAUAUGGCUUCGAUUGAGUCACUAAUAAAGGAUCCGGCUACAGGCAAGAACAGAUGUAAUUUUGUAGAUGUGAUUAUUGAGAUAGACCGGUUAUUAAGGCCUGAAGGAACAUUUGUGGCCCAUGAUUCACCUGAAAUGAUCAGAAAAUUAUAUCGUGUUGCUAGUUCUGUAAGAUGGGAAUCUACAAUACAUAAUACAGAACCAGGAUCAAAUGGGAAUGAACAAAUCCUAGUCGCUACAAAGAUACUCUGGACAUUGCCUUCAUCUUCCCAAUGAUACAUCUUUUCUCAGCUUCAAAUUUUAGGUAAAGGAAAAGUUGCUAUCAAUAUAAUCAUCAUCUUUUUGAGUAAGUUAUACAGUAGAAACUUCUUCAGUGAUUCAAAGGGUGCAACUUUAUAAUUUGAUAAGCAAGUUAUCUACUAGAAUUUUCUUGCGUACAUCAUUGGUCAGGCGGCAAAGUUGCUAGCCUGUUGUUGAGUCUAUUUACAGAAAAAAGGUAUGGCUGUCUUUCUUAAUGUAUAAGUUAUAUGUUAGAAUCUCGUUUAUUCUUUUUUCUUUUAAGUUAGAAAGGUGUUAGUUACAUGCAUCAACAGAUGCAAGUUUCUUUCUUGAUGUGUAAGUUAUGUAAAAGAAAUUUCCUGAAUUUAUUAAAGGAUGUAGCUUUCUUGCCUUUUCA